GAGAGAGAGAGAGAGAGAGAGGGUUAGGGUUAGGGUUAGGGUUUCAGCUCGAGGGAUGGGUGUUGUUGCUUGUGAUAAUGGCUGUUGCUCAGGUGGCUGUGAUCUACGGUGAGUUUUUCGAGCCCUUCAAUGUCAGCUAUGAUCACCGUGCGAUCAUCCUUGGUGGUCAGCGCCGGAUGCUCAUUUCGGCUGGAAUCCACUAUCCCCGCGCCACCCCGGAUAUGUGGCCUGGUUUAAUUGCGAAGAGCAAGGAAGGUGGGGCGGAUGUUAUAGAGACAUAUGUGUUUUGGAGUGGCCAUGAGCCAAGUAGAGGGCAGUACUAUUUUGAAGAAAGAUAUGACAUUGUGAAGUUUGUGAAGCUGGUUGGUGCAAAUGGCCUCUAUCUUCUUCUGCGCAUUGGACCUUAUGUCUGCGCAGAGUGGAAUUUCGGGGGAUUCCCCGUUUGGUUACGUGAUGUCCCUGGCAUAGAGUUCAGAACUGACAACGCUCCAUUUAAGGAUGAGAUGCAAAGAUUCGCUAAGAAGAUUGUGGAUAUGAUGAAGGAGGAGAACCUUUUUUCAUGGCAAGGUGGUCCAAUAAUAUUAACACAGAUUGAGAAUGAAUAUGGAAACGUCCAAGGGUCAUAUGGUCAGGGUGGAGAAAGGUACAUGAAAUGGGCCGCUGGAAUGGCGCUUGGUCUAGGUGCAGGUGUUCCUUGGAUCAUGUGCAGGCAAACGGAUGCCCCCGAAGCAAUUAUAAAUUCUUGCAAUGCAUUUUAUUGUGAUGGUUUCAAGCCAAACUCAUAUAGGAAACCAGUAAUUUGGACAGAGGAUUGGAAUGGAUGGUAUGCUAAUUGGGGCGACAGACUGCCUCACAGACCAGUUGAAGAUAAUGCUUUUGCUAUAGCUCGUUUUUUCCAGCGUGGGGGAAGCUUUCAUAACUAUUACAUGUAUUUUGGAGGAACAAACUUCGAACGAACGGCUGGGGGUCCACUCCAAAUAACUAGUUAUAAUUAUGAUGCGCCAAUUGAUGAAUAUGGUAUUCUUAAUCAGCCAAAGUGGGGGCAUUUGAAAGAUUUGCAUAAAGCUAUAAAGCUUUGUGAACCAGCACUAGUUGCUGUUGAUGACUCACCACUCUAUGUAAAACUGGGGCGAAGGCAAGAGGCACAUGUCUAUUCAAGUGAGCAUAUAGACACAAAUUCAACUCUACCAGGGAACAUUGGCACAUGCGCUGCUUUUCUUGCAAAUAUUGAUGAACACAAGUCUGCCUCAGUGAAAAUCUUUGGUAAAGUCUAUAAUUUACCUCCGUGGUCAGUGAGUAUAUUGCCAGAUUGCAAGACUCUGGCUUUUAAUACUGCAAAGACUGAAGCUCAAGUUUCAAUCAAAACAGUUGAAUCUGGUUCUCCAAGUUUUUCCAAUGCUACCGAAGCUGCAGAUCUGCUAUUUCAUGAUAACUAUUUUACUCCUUUGAAGUCAUGGAUGGCUUCCAAAGAGCCCAUUGGUCUGUGGAACAAGAAUAGUUUUUCAGCAAAAGGCAUAUUAGAGCAUUUAAAUGUUACAAAAGAUACCUCUGAUUAUUUAUGGUAUAUUACCAGGUAGUAAAGUUGGUCAUUGGCUGCGUUUGGAACAACAUGUUCAGUUGGUUGAAGGAGACAAUCAAUUGGCUUUGCUAUCAGAGACUGUGGGCUUGCAA